AUGAACAAAUUAAUAUUAAUUGUCUUAACGUUAAUUGUACUCUUUGAGGGCUCCUGGUCAUUUUAUUUUUCAUGCAAUCUUGACAAAAAAGGAUUUUUAGUCUUAAACAAUGUUGAUUUUUGCAACGUAGUUGGUGAUUUCUCAAUAAAAUCGUCAGAAGAUGCAUUUUUGACAUCAACAAACUUAACAGAAACUAAUCUUGCUGAAACAAUAGGAAUUCGUUUCCGUGAAAAAACUUGUUAUUAUUUUCCACAAAAUCUAGCCAAUGUUUUAAGCGACAGGCUUCAAGUGAUUGAAAUUUCAUAUGGUCAAUUAAAAGAAAUUCAUCAACAUGAUUUAAGUCCUUUUAAGGAUUUGAAGGUUCUAUAUCUCGAGAAAAAUGACAUUGAAAUUUUGGAAAUCGGAAUUUUCGACUACAACAUUAAAUUACAGUUUAUUUAUUUCGGAGAUAAUAAAAUUAAACAUAUCGGCACAGGAGUUUUUACCAAACUAAGUCAACUGACUCACUUGAAUUUAUUCAAGAAUGACUGCAUUGAUAAAAAUAGCGAAAAUAAUAAAGAAGUAAAAACAAUUCAAGAUCUUUUGAAAAUAAAUUGCAAGGAUAUCGAGUAUGUCAAGCAAUGUGAAAAUUUAAAGCAACUUGAAAAUGCUAAGCAGACCCUGAAUUUAGAUGAUUUUCAAAUGUUCUAUAAUAAUUUAAAAGAAUUUGAAGAAUUAAUAAUGAGCAAAUACCCAAACUCCUCAUUAGUCACAAGAGUUCAUAUUUUGAAAGAUUGGAGCUUUGAAAUACUAUGGAGAAAUGUCAGCCGUAUGAAUCAUUUUAUGACUAAUUUUAGUGAAAUUAUUAAUUAUCAUAUAUAUGAAACAAUGAAAAAGUGUUCAGACGAUAUUCAAAAGCUGGAUGAAAAAAUUGUAAACAAUUUGAAAGCUGAAUUAGAAAAAUAUGAGAAACGCUCUAAUGGUACUAAUGGUGAAGAAAGCUAUUUGCCAUUCUGGUUAGGCGUUUCUAGUAUAUUAACUGUUGUUCUAUUGAUUUUUCUUAUCAAAAAUUCCUUCUCUGAGGAGCGAGUUAUCAGCUAUUCCAUUUCAGAGGCAAAACGUUAUGUUAGGAAUGAUCGUACCCACUGCACGUACCAAUACAACACAAACAUUUCAGUACGAGUAGGAUCAACAUUCAAAGAGAAAGGUGGUAAAACGUAUGAUAUAGUAAAAAUCAUUAAUUAUCCACUUUUCGACAUACUAAAGUUAAACUACGAUUAUGCCUUACUAAAACCUGAUCGUGAAAUACUGUUUGACUAUGUUAAUGGUACUGUACGACCCGUAAAAUUAUCAGAGCAAAAUCAAGUGAUGGUGGAUGAUACAAUAUGCACCGUAUCUGGAUGGGGUAAAGCUGAUAAUGAUACACGACCUGACAAAUUACGUUUCGUUGAUGUCAAGGUGGUGAACCAAACAGUUUGUCAAGCUUGUUAUAAUACUCCCAAAGUAAGGUUUAAAAUCACAGAUUUUAUGAUGUGUGCUGGAUAUAUGGAAGGUGGCCGUGAUGCAUGUAGUGGUGAGAUUAAUUACCUCUAA